AUGGACCAAGCACAACAUAGAUUGCUACUAACUCCUAACAAGGAAGAUUUGGUGUCUGAAGGUUCAUGGACUACAGAUGAAGGAACGACAACGGCGGGGAGUACUACGGGUGCCGGACGAGUGCGCAAGAUGCAGUGGCGAGAUGGUACCAUAUAUGUUGGAGAGGUAGACGAGGAAUACAGACCGCAUGGUGAGGGACAUCUACUACGGCCUAACGGAGUGGAAUACGACGGACAGUGGGUACAUGGACAUGCAGAAGGCCACGGAGUUUUUCAGUCCGAGGAAUGGGGUCGUUAUGAAGGAGAUUGGGAAGGUGAUAUGAUCCAAGGGGUGGGUAAGCUGGUCUUUGCUGAUGGAGCGGUGUAUGAUGGCAACUGGCUCAACGACCGGCCGGAAGGUUAUGGUAUAUUCAUUAACCCGAACAACAUCAUGUUUCGUGGUCAGUGGCGUAGGGGAGUUUUCCAGCCGGACCUUUCCGGAUACGAUCCGCGCGGUAUCCAGACUUGCGUCCAUGAGGGUCAAAUCAAUAAUCGACAAAAUGGUCUGCAGUCGUCAGCCAUCCGAGAAAGCGCCACUGCUAUCGAGAGCGGGGUGGUCGUGGACAUUUCAGGUCGGAUCGAUAACUUACAUGAGUACCAGCCGAACAGAACUCCAGGCUCAGGACCCCACUCGCUAACCCAGAUGCCCAACCCUAGAGUUGCGGUCUGCAAAGGUACAUACAAUCCUGCUUCGGGCUCGUAUGCAAACCAAACCGAAAUGUUUGACUCACCUGUUUAUCCAGAUGACCCUGAGAAGACGGGAGCGAGGACCAGCAGCGGUUACUGGUACAAGACCAACUACUUUACUGAGGCUUGGACGGGUUCGGACCCGCCCUCUCGAGUACCGGAGGCGCGCCAGCAAGCAGAGGUGGUGGACGAGACGGACCCGUACGGAGCAUAUGUGAAGUCUUGUGAUUAUUACGUAAAGGGCAACGUUUACAACUCGAACUAUGCUGUCCCCAACUAUGCCGGUUACGACACCAAGCCGGCGAACGCGAGCUAUGGCGGAGGCGACAGGACCGCCGCUGGAACGACCAGCCAGUCUACGUACUUUGCGCACACCGCAGCCUCCGAAACACAAAAUGACUGGUAUGAGCAGCAGGCGCAGCUCUCCAACUCCCUGCCGCCGAACGCCCAGUUGUCUGCGGCCCGACUCGAGAACGGUUCUGCGCAGUUCGACCGCUCUCAGUUCGACCCCUCUCAUUUCGACCCCUCUCAGUUGGACCCCUCUCAGUUGGACCCCUCUCAGUUCGACCCCUCUCAGUUCGACCGCUCUCAGCUUGAACGGGCGCAGCUUGACCGGACCCAGCUUGACCGGGCGCAGUUCGAGCAGUCUUCCAAACUGCGCAGCAAAGGCAGCACGUCGCGAGGCGCGGAGUCGCGCGUCGACCGCCGACACACGGCGUCGAUCGUCACGGAGGAAACGUCUGCGGACGAACCGAUGGUGGCGGGCGUGACGCUGCCCAGUCUGGGUCAUCCCAGUACAGAGCUUAGUCCUGAGCGGCCCGCGAGCGAGGUCGAGCGCCCGAUGCCGAUCGUGGAUCCUGUCACCGAGUCGCCGCGGUCUAUGACGUUGCCGUCUCUGGAACCGGAAGACGAUAUUGAGGACGACUUGGAGCCGGAAGACGACUUGGAGCCAGAAGACGACAUGGAGCCAGAAGACGACUUGGAACCUGAAGACGACUUGGAGCCAGAGGACGUGCGGCCCGACCACUACCUGGCGGCCGAGGAGGAGGAACUGGUUGUUCCGGAAGAGGGCGAGGAGGUACCGGAGGAGUGCGCGGCACAGGACCUGAACAGUCUGCCCGCGACGGGACAGGUGCUGGAGAGCUACGCUCCGGCGACCGGCACCUGUUACACGUGUCCCGAUCCGCCAGCGGUGCUCGAACUGCAGGCGGUCGACCGCAGUUACGGCCUGCCUCUCGUCCAUGACGGGGCUCAGCCGGACGUGCGUCGCGGCGGUCCCGCUCUGCGCUACGGCGGUCCCGUGAUUCGCGGCCCAGCGCCACCUGCGAUGCUCGGAGGCUGCCGAGUCGCAGUGGGCACGCAGUCGUCGCAGACCGACCUGCUCGGCCCCGUCGGACGCGACCUGCCGGGACGAAGCGGCCUGCCGGGACGGUCGCUCGCGGGCCCGGCGAGCCACGGACCCGCCACGCCCUCCUGCGGUACGCCCCACUACGGCCAGUCGGACUACGGGCGGUCAGAUGCUCCGGACUACGGGCGGUCGGAUUCACCGGACUACGGACGAUCAGAUGCCCUGGGCGACUCAGAGGCCCGUGCCCCGAACGGCUCUGAGGCCCCGGGCGGCUCAGAGGCCCCCGGCUCGGAGGUCCCCGACGGCUUCCACGACGCCGCGGGCGCCGGCAGCUGUCCCUCGCCGCAGCGCUCCGAGUACUACGAGCCACUUAGCGAGCCAGCCGGCUACUCCGCCACCGGCCACGAAGGCUGCGACCCCACCUACUGCCCCUACAGUCCCCAGAGCACGGGCCGGGCGCCGGCUGCGACACUGCGAGACGUUCGGAGCUCGCCCGCCGGCAGGUUUGCCCCGGCGCUGUACCCCGGUUCUGGCUACCCGGCCGUGGGAUGCAACGGACCCGUCGGGGGGUACAACGGCGCCGUCUCGGGUUACGGUAAUGCAGCCGCAGGUUAUAACGGGCCAGCUGGAGGGUACAACGGACCCGCGGGAGGGUAUAGUGGACCUGUCGGGGGUUACAACGGACUCGCGGGAGGGUACAACGGACCCGCCGGAGGGUACAACGGACCUGCCGCAAGUUACAACGGAUCUGCCGGGAGUUGUCAUGGUACCGCUGGGGGUUACAACGGACCGGCCACGGCUUACGGACCCGUCGGGAGUUACAAUGGACUCGUACAGAGCUACGGACCGGUGAUGGUAGGCGGUACUUACGAGACGGUGCCUGGUCGGGGCCGUAGAACCGACUCCCACAUGUAUGCUGCGCCGCUGAACUACGGCCCUACCCCGCACAGACACCAGGUUUCCUACGAGCCCCCGAGACAGUACUUUGCGGGAGGCUAUUCUCAACAGAGCCCCCGCCCCGCGCCGUCGCACCAACCUCAGGUCAGGCGUAGACCUUUGCCCCCGCAACAGAAGACCUUCCGCGACCUAAUCAAACAUCAUGAUCCAGCCCAGGUAAGAUUGUGA